AUGAAUCGUCUCAAAGGUCAUAAUCAUAAUCAUAAUGGCGGACAACAACUUUGGAUAAAAAUCGAUCUUAGGGAAAUUGUUUUUUUACCAAGUAGAGAUACCAUUCGAGGAUAUCAAUGCAAACAAAUUGAAUUAUUACUUAAAUAUACCAUUAAAAACAUAUCGAUUAAUUUUAAUGAAAGUCAAAAACUUAAUGAAGUAAGGAUUCCCAUUGAACAAGUUGUUGGAUUUAAAGUCAUUCAAGAUAAGUACAUUGAAAUUGAAUUUCGCAAGGAUUUCCAUAGGACUUAUUUUGUUCAUGAUCUUAAUCAAAAUACGACGUGUUUGACCCGUAAGGAUCCAACCGGUUGCAUGGAUGGUGUUACAAAGAUCAUUUUUACACCUUGUGAAAAAGUUCAUUCCAUGACAAUUUUUAUGUUUGAAGUUGGAGUGAAGUGGAUGCGUGGUCCAACUGUGGUAAAAGAUAAAGAUAAAACUAAUGAAACUAAUGAAACUGAUGAAACUAAAAAAGUCGAUAAGGAUCUGAUAACCAUUAUUCCACCAUCAAAUAAUACACCCGAGUAUAAUAUUUCAUGUUACUUUUUGAAUUUAAAGAGGGUAAUUUCUUUACAAAUGGAAGAAUCCUUUUCGGGUUUAUUGAAAUUAAUUAAUAAAAAAAUGGGUUUGGAAAUAACUUCUAUUAAAUACAAGAAUAUCGAUGGUAAUAUCAUUACGGUUAAAGACGAGGAUGAUUGGGAUGCCGCCAAAUUGAAUUUUAAGUGGCAAGAUUUUUCAAAUUACGAUAUUUACGUGGAUUAA